AUGACCUGGAAUUGGAGAAAGGAUUUCUUCCCUUCGGGCGAUGAUUACUCGGUAAUAAACUUUGUAAAACGAUUAUUUAGUGUUAGUGGUAAUUUUAAUUUAAAUUUAAAUUGUACUUGUAACAGUGUUUUAAUAAGCAGUGGUGAUUCCGAGGAUGGUGACGGUGAUGUCGGUGGUGGCGGCGGCGGCGGCGGCGGUCGUGCUGAUACAUUUAUUAUUACACCGAGAUUUUAUCUACCCAAUGGUUUUUUGACAUCUCAAUUAUAUGGUUUUGAAUUGUUUGGUUUGAGGUUAGUUUCAUCAGAAAAAAUAAAAUAUACUGUUAAUAAUUAG